AUGGCAGACUUGGCAAAGGUGAAUCCAUGGAGUAAUAAACCAUACAUAAAAUUGAAUUUUAAUGAAAAUGAUGUGGUUUUAUCCGAAGAUGGGAAGGCAGUGAGGCUAUUUGAGGAAAUGGAAGAGAUGAACUCUAAGAAACUAUCAAAGUCAUUGGUUAUUAAAGUCUUUGGAAGAAAUUUACCAUCACACAUGGUGGCUUGGGAGCUUAGAAGACAAUGGAACAAAUUUGGUCAAUUCCACUUUACUACAUUGGGUAAAGGAUGGUUCUUAUGCUCAUUUUCAUCAGAAGAAAUGACAAAAGCAGCUCAUUCAGGAGGUCCUUGGUUCAUUAAUGGGCAUAUAAUAGGAAUGGAGAAGUGGACACCAAAAUUUUCAACUGAGUCUAAUAAGGGUCUUUCUUCUCCAAUUUGGAUUAGAAUGCCCCACUUACCUUUGCAAUGUUGGGAUGAGAAGAAUGUAGCCUGUAUAGCUUCAAGGAUUGGAAAACCACUUAUGUUGGAUGGUAAUAUAUUUCAUUGGGGAAGAAGAGAGUUCUCAAGAAUUUGUGUAAGAAUAAGUCUUGAUCAACCCCUCCCAUUAGGUGUUUGGGUGGAUAGCAUAUCUGGAAGAUUCUUCCAACUGAUGGAAUAUGAGAAGGUUUCUAAUUUCUGCUUUGGUUGUGGGAAGAUUGGGCACUUGGAGAAUGAAUGCGAGCUGAAGAAUAAUAAUCCAAAAGUUAUGAAGGUUUCUGUUGACAAUAGUAGCAGAAAUGAUAUGGGUAAAACUCAAGAGGUUAUUAAAGAACCUAAUUAUGGACCAUGGAUAAUGGUCAAUAAUAAGAAGAGGAGAAAUUACAAGACGAGAAGCAAGACAAUCAACUCUAAUUCUACCAUAUUUGUUAAGAAAGCUAGUAAUCCUGUUAGUGUAGAACAGGAAGAUCAUGAUAUCAUGAAAAAUGACUUUGAUAAAAGCUCCAAAUAG